UUUCCCCAUUUUUCUGCUUUAUUUAUUUCUUCUCCUUUUCCUGGAAAACCCUAAAAAAAAUUCUCUUGUCUUGAAGAAAUUCUGCAAUCACGCAGAAAAUUUUCAUUUUUUACCCUGUAAUUUUUGCAAGGUUCAUGUUAACUUUUUUGCUGUAUCAAAAUUUUCACCAUCGAAGCUCUGUGCAGCGUCUGCAAUGGUGGAGUUUUAAUCCACAAAGUUCUUCUUUUGUGCUUCACAGAGCAAAGCAGAUGGUAAAAACUGUAUUAUUUAGCUGAUCUUCAAGAAUUCAACUAGGGCCUUGGGUUUUUUUUUUUUUUUUUCUUUUAAUUUCUGUAGAACUCGAGCUGUUCUUCUUCAUAUUUCAGCUCAUUUUCCUUAUAUGAAUUUGAUUAAUGAUCAAUUUCUUCAUGUAUUAGUUGUAGGUAAUUUUUUGUUAUUUAUUGUUUAGGUAUUAGAGUUGUAAAGGUUUUAGAGAUUUUUGGAGGGCUUUUGGUUGUUUGAUCUGUCUUUGGAGGCAAAAGAGGGAAUGAAUUCUGAGGUUGCACUGAGGGGCGAGGAAGCUCCUGAUAGCUAUAGAAUUGUCGCUAGGGCUACUGAAAACCCUAGCCAACUACCCGGUCCCACAAUGGCCUCUCCGGUGGGCGUGGCAGUGCCUCUUGCUUCGGGUACUGAGGUGGUAAAAAAGAAGAGGGGGAGGCCAAGAAAGUACAGUGCCGAUGGGACAGUGACGACGGCCCUGUCUCCCACACCAAUAUCAUCAUCGAUUCCACUCACCGGAGACUUCUCAGCUUGGAAACGAGGGCGCCAAAUUGAUUCCAUAAAGAAGUCUCAUAAAUUUGAAUAUGAGACCCCAGGUAACAAAAUUGCUUACUUUGUUGGAGCAAAUUUCACACCCCAUGUUAUCACAGUCAAUGCGGGUGAGGAUGUUACAAUGAAGGUUAUGUCAUUUUCGCAGCAAGGUGCUCGUGCUAUAUGCAUUCUUUCUGCAAAUGGUACCAUUUCAAAUGUUACACUUCGUCAACCAUCUUCUUCUGGGGGCACUCUAACAUAUGAGGGACGUUUUGAGAUACUCUCUUUGUCUGGAUCGUAUACACCUAUUGAGAAUGGAGUUACAAAGAGUAGAUCUGGAGGAAUAAGCGUGUCUCUGGCUGGCCCGGAUGGUCGUGUUUUUGGGGGAGGACUUGCUGGUUUGUUGGUAGCAGCAGGGCCUGUGCAGGUUGUUGUGGCCAGUUUUCUGCCUGGUCACCAGCAGGAGCAGAAACACAAAAAGCAGAGGAGUGAGCCUGCAGUAGUUGCCACCCCAAUCACCACGAAUGCUCUCUCUGUAAUCUCUGCAGAAGAACUGAAACAGGCCUAUGGUGGAAUAAAUCCAACUGUUGCUCCCUCUUCAUCCUUCCGUGGAGACAAGUCAGCUUCUCUGAAUCCACUGCAAGGCUUCAGUAACUCAGCUGCUGACGAUAAGACAUCUUCUCCCGGAGAUGAUUCUAAUGGCCCAGACCAAUCAAACUGUGAGGUUUCUUUGUGAUCAAGUUCAAACUUUGUACCCUUGUUGUAUCUUCAUUGUUUUUUAUGCAGAAUAACAGCGUUAGGUUAACCUGUCUGGAACAAGUAUAAAUGAAUUGGCUUUUUUAAGGACAAACUAGGCUUUAACAUGGAGAUGUAUUUUCCCGAGAGUUGUGCUAUUUCUGAUUAGCUUUAGGUAGGAUUUAUUUAGGAUUAUCCCGCGGCUGGUGCCACGGUGUACCAUCUAGUGUUGUCUGAUUUGGUAGUGUAACAUUUCGAGAUGUAUGAAACCUGAUGUUGUUUAUGACUUUAUCAUUCAAAAGUGCCAACUUGAAGCACUACAUUAGACAUAA